GAUUUCGAUGCCCCUGUUCGCGCUGCGGAUUGGCCGCCCGUUCAGGUACGGCCAUUUUAGUCUACUGGUGCCUGGGGUUUUCUCCGGAACACGCCCAAUAAUGGUGACCCGCCAAUUCCUCCCAGGUCACAUCGAUGUCCAGUUAAUAUGCCCGGAUGCACUACCAGGCCAUUCACGGGCCUUCGCUCCUACAAUGGAGCAGGAUCCGUUAAUAUUGUCGUGAUUAUUACCUAUGCCAAAUUGCCGCUCUGCAAGAACCCUGAUUGUAGCGGACGGCGCAUGAACAGGUGGCAGUGGAGACCUACCGCCGGGUUCUUUCGUCCUACUUGUCGGCUCCCUCAUGCCUGGCUUGUGUCUCAACCAGGGAUAGGAACACCGUAUUUGGAUGGUCGCAAUGAGGUCAUGACGUUUGGCGCAACUAUCAAGACCAAUAUAAGAUAUAAUAUGCGUGAAUUGAGAUAACCUCAACCUCAAAGGCCUUCCGGAUCCUGUACCGAGGCCGAGAAAAAAAUAAGGAGGCCUGCAGAUUCGGAGUAUUGCGACCUCUAUGGACGAGGACCGUAGGGUGCGACGUAGGCACGCAUUCAUCCGCGAGCUCCGCAAGCCUG